AGCUUCCGGUUCAUUCCGCCGCUGGCGCUGCUUCGGCCCGGCGGGGUCGCGGCGGUCGGGGCCGAGAGGGUCGCGGCGCGGCGGGCGGGAGGAUGCCCCGGUAUUACGAGGACAAGCCGGAGGGCGGCGCGUGCGCGGGCGUGAAGGAGGACCUGGGCGCGUGUCUGCUGCAGUCCGACUGUGUGCUGCAGGAAGGAAAAUCUCCUCGACAGUGUUUGAAGGAAGGAUACUGCAAAGCAUUGAAAUACUCGUUCUUUGAGUGUAAAAGAUCCAUGCUGGAUACCAGAUCAAGAUUCAGAGGAAGAAAAGGAUACUGAAAUCAUUGUGUUGAAACCAAGGUGAAAAUAACAAAGGAUGUUCUCUGGUCAUUAACACAGAGAAGCCAAAAUAGGAAACGUAAUUUUUGCUGCAUCUGAUUGGACUAGUUUCUCCCUCCAUGGAACGCUGGGAACAAAUGAUCACUUUUGUUUCUGAAUAUGUAAAUAUGCAAAAUCAUUUACAUAAAGUAAAUGAUUCUCCUGUUAUUUUUAGAAGAAAAAUUUAAUUGAACAAUUGUAGGCUGGAAACAUAAUAAAUGCAUUUUAAGAAUUGCUCUAAAGCACAAAGAA